AUGCAUUUCCCUUAUUUUGCUUCAGUUGUGUUGAUUGUUCCGGGAAUCAUUGCUGCUGCUCUUCCGAGUGCUGGUACUCAUGCCUCUCGCUCAUCACUUGUUUCCCAUGAGAAGCGAAACUUCCCCCGUACACGAUGGAUGAAGCGCGACCGAAUUGCCAGCACAACUUUACUGCCUGUGCGUAUUGGUUUAUCUCAAAAUAAUCUUGAGAAGGGACAUGACUUCCUCAUGGAUGUCUCACAUCCAAAAUCCUCAAAUUAUGGUAAACACUGGACAGCAGAACAAGUACAUGAAAUGUUUGCGCCUUCAGAAGAAGCGAUUGAUACUGUUCGGAAUUGGCUGGUCGACUCAGGGAUUGCCGCUAGUCGAAUUGUUCACUCUGACACAAAGGGGUGGUACGCAUUUGAUGCCACAACGACGUCAUCCAAACGCAGCAUUCUUGAAGCGGGAAAAGGCAAGGGUAAUGAACCAUUACGACGACUAAAAAGUUCCUUCGAAGCCUACUCGCACUACAAUUCAAGCUCACUAGCGACUUGCGAUGAGGUUAUCACUCCAGAAUGUGUCAAAGCACUCUAUCAAAUACCUCCCGCCAGCAAAGCAAACCCUAAUAAUGCAAUGGGCAUUUGGGAAUCGGGAGACUUCUACGAUCAAGAAGAUUUGAACCUAUUUUUUGCUAAUUAUACCCCAUAUAUUCCUCAGGGUACACACCCAACUCCUAAUUUUGUGGAUGGCGCUGUGGCUCCAGUUCCUGUCUCCCAAGCAGGUGGGGAGAGUUUAUUAGAUUUUGAAUUGGCAUAUCCUUUAGUGUAUCCUCAGAAGUUGGUGCUAUAUCAAACGGAUGAUAUCAACUAUUCCAAUGAAAAUCCUCCCUUGGGCGCAUUUAACACAUUUCUGGAUGCUAUUGACGGGUCAUACUGUACAUACUCAGCUUAUGGCGAAACUGGGAAUGAUCCUGUUCUUGAUCCUUCUUAUCCGGAUUCUGCAGCUGAUGGAUAUAAAGGAAAAUUGAUGUGUGGUGUUUACAAACCCACAAAUGUAAUCUCAACAUCCUAUGGAGAAGCAGAGAUAGAUCUUCCCGAAUACUACAUGAAGAGACAAUGUAAUGAAUACCUGAAACUUGGGCUACAAGGACACACUUUCCUCUAUUCUUCUGGAGAUUUCGGUGUUGGUGGAUUUCCUGGUGAUGCUACACAAAGCGGAUGUUUGGGUCCAAAAGAAAAUGUUUUUAAUCCUCAAUUUCCUGUUAAUUGUCCAUACGUAACAGCAGUCGGUGCCACAAAAGUCUAUCCAGGCCAUACAGUUUUUGAGCCAGAGAGUGCAGCCAACGACCUCAAAGGUCAACCAUAUUCUCGUGCAUACUCUUCUGGUGGGGGAUUUAGCAACGUCUACGAAACACCUUCUUACCAGAAAGAGGCAGUGGCAGCAUAUUUCGCGCACCACAACCCUCCCUAUCCUUAUUACAAGGCAACUGCCGGUAGCAAUGUGACUCUGGGGGCUAAUGGUGGACUUUACAAUCGUGCUGGAAGAGGCAUUCCAGAUGUGUCCGCAAACGGAGAUAACAUCGCAAACUUUCUAGGAGGAAAUUUUACUUUGAAUGGUGGUACAAGUGCGAGCACACCCAUUUUCUCUUCCGUCAUUAACUUGAUCAAUGAAGAACGUCUCGCCAUUGGAAAAUCUACAGUCGGAUUUAUUAAUCCUGUACUCUAUGCUAACCCUCAUGUUCUAAACGAUAUCACUAAUGGAAGUAAUCCUAAUUGUGGCACUGCUGGGUUUAGCGCUGUGUCUGGGUGGGAUCCGGUUACUGGUCUUGGAACUCCUAAUUAUCCUAAAUUGUUGCAAUUGUUUCUUAGUUUACCUUGA